AUGAAGAGUUGGGAAGGCUUGGCCGAGAUGUUCGUGGCUAGGUUCGUUACAACUAGGUUCCAGCUAUUAAGGGUGGAUUCUCUACUAGCUUUGAAGAUAAAUGAUGGCAAAGGUCUUAGGGCUUAUGCCAAGAGGUACUACGAGGUUUACAAUCAGAUCCCGGUUUGUAACCAGGAACUUGUGGUCGUUUCUUUUAAAAACGGCAUGGAAAACGAUUGCUCGCUUUGGCAAUCCCUUGCAAAAACCCUCCUGAAGAACUUGGAGGAUCUCAUGGAAAAGGUUGAGAAGUACGCAAGGGCGGAAGAGGACAGGAAAGCAAGAAAGACCGGUGUAAUAAAGCAGGAGAAGAAGAAUGUUUCACCAAAGCAUAGCCGAGGAAAUAACAGUACCAAUAAGUCGGAACCUGGAUUGAAGGCUAUACAAGCAAUAAGCACAGAUUUCAAGAUUCUCGUACACAAGGUCUUAGAAAGGAUUUGA